GAGUCAGCGCAGGCGCAGAAAACCCGAAGGAGCUGAAGGCGGGGCGGCAGUAGUAGGCCCAAGUCAACAAUAUGGCGGCCUGGGGUUGCUACACUACCCAACUUUGAGGGGUUUCAGAGGCCUCGCCUCUCUCUUCUACCUCAGAUCUUCCUCGGCUCGCCCGCCAUGGCCCGGCACAGGAAUGUCCGUGGCUACAACUACGACGAAGAUUUUGAAGAUGAUGACCUUUAUGGGCAAUCUGUAGAAGAUGAUUACUGCAUCUCACCAUCAACAGCUGCUCAGUUUAUUUAUUCAAAACGAGAAAAUACUUCAGUCUCUGGCAAACCUUUAGAGGAGUAUGAUUAUGAAGAUUCUGCACAUAGCAAUUUUAUCUCCAGUCACCAGUUGACUGGACUUGAAAAAGGUCAGCUAAAUUCAUGCCUUGAUCGUAUGAAAGAAGUACUUGGAGAUUCAGUGCCAGAAAAAAUACUGGUGGAAGCAGUACUCAGCAGUAACUUUGAUAUACAGCAGGCUUUGGACUCUAUCCUUGCACAAGACAAUAAGCAAAAUGUGAAGACCAAGAAUGAGGAUAAUGUAAUUGUAGGAAGGCCAACUAAAGGCUUAUUUUGUUCAGAAAUAUUUUCUAAUAUUAAUCACUUGACUAAUUUGGUUGAAAACAUUUCUGAUUCCACUGGUUCCUCCUUUAGUUUUAAUGGUCCAGUUGUCAAUGCUGAAUCCACUUAUAAUACUUCAGUUCCAAGUGAUAAAAUUUUCUUCAGAUCCAAAUGUGUGAAAACUCCUGCUAAAAAGAAAUCUUUCACAUCUACAUGCAAAACCUUGGAAAUUUUUCCUUUAUCAUUAAGUGAUGGCAGUGAGCAAUCCAUCAAGUGUGACACUCUCUCAAAAGCUGGGAGCAAUAGCACUGCAACUAGGGAAUCUUGCUUUGAAUAUGACACUUGCUUUAAUUCAGGGGCUGAAUUGCUUAAAGACAAAAGACUAUCAGAAAAAGCUUCUUGGAAUUGGUCUGAGUUUAAAGACCUUAAGGACUUAAAAGACAUACUUAAUGAAACAGGUGAUUCAUCAGAUGCACAAGCUGGUUCAUUAAUCAUGCCACAGAAAAAAAUUGAUCGUGGACCCAAAAGCCCCUUGGAUAGCUAUUUUGAUAAUUUAAAACUAGACAAUAUAAGUAAUGCAUCUAAUAAAAUGACUGAAUCUUUUGAAAGCAAAAACAAGAGUAGCAGUUCCUCAAAGGUUAACAGCUCAGCAUUUUCAAUGUCUGAAAGUCUAUCACUGGCUGAUCUUCUGCAGGAACACCAAGGAAGCAAUUCAAGCAAGCCUGGCUCAUUGCAUAAUCUUUGCAAUUUACCCUCAGCAGACUUCACAGACAUGGAAUUAGAAUAUUCACCGUUGUCUCAGCUAGCCAACCAACUUCCAGUAUCAUCUGGCAUGACAGAACUCUCAGGAUCCUUAUCUUCCUUGACACAUUCUAAGUCAUCUCCAGUAAAAGAGCUUGAGAGUUUAUCACUUUCAGAUUUAAUUGCAAAAUCUAUUGCAGUGGACAGCCCUGAAACAAUAAACAGCCGUUCAGAAUUUUAUUUAGCUAAAAAGGUGCAGCCUUCAGUUGUACAUUCAGAUAUUGAUCUAAGUGUACUUAUUAGAAAAUCAGCAUUAUUACCAGAGCCUGAAGGAGUGCAGUUAAAUACAAUGCUUCCAGAAACUAAAGUUUUAUUUUCAAAGCAGGGACAGCAAAUGCUUUUAACUCAAGGAAGCAAGAAAAGCAAAAAAAAAGUGAGGCCAUCUAUUUUAAAAGGCACCUUUUCAUGGUCAAAAACUUUGUGUGCAAAACCCUCCGCGUUUGCUAUAACUUUAUGUCUUCGUUACCCUUCAAAGAGAUGCAAACAUCAAAGUGUAAAUAUUCACAAGGCUUUUUUGUAUAGCAGGCAAAUACAAGAAGCAAAAGUUAAUGAAAUUGGACCCUUAAUGGCAAUCCCUCCAUUUGAUUUCAAAUCACCAUCUCCUGAUGAUAUUGUAAAAUCAGGUCAAAAGAAGGCAUUCACUAGGUAGUGCAAUGAGCUAAUGUUAAUUUUGAUUAUUUCUGAAGUCUAAACUAUUUUAUACAAGAUUAUUUUGGAUUCCAAAUUGGAAUAUAUUUUGUUAAAGCAAAGUAAAUUUCAGUUUAUAUUGGGUAGCUCAAUUUUUAGUAAAGGUUUUAAAGGAUGCACUGGAUUCUGGUCUUGUUAUUGUUUUAUUGCUUACUGAAUUAUUUUGGGUUUUUUUGGAGAAAAUAUUGUACGUAGUAGUUUUGAAAAAACAAUAUUCUAUGAUUUCAGGUUUAAAAAUAAGUAAUGAAGACUCUGUAAUAGUGUUUAAACACUAUUGGGUAUAGUAGUAAACAAUUUAUAAACUCUAAUGGAACCAGCUUUACUUAUUUGAAAGCCAACCUUGUAAAUAAGUUCUAAAAGACAGUACUGUAAACCUCUUUUUUUCCCCAUCACAUAAAAUAUUGUAUAGCCAACAAUGUAAGAUAAGAUAAUGCUUAUAGCAUAUGAUAGGUCACCCAGCCAUUUUUGGUGGGGAAGGAGAGCAGAAAAAAACAGAUCCGUGAUAUCAACUUGCUGGUUGUAUAUGCAUCAUUGGACAUUAACAGUUUUUUAAAGAUUAUUUUUCUUUAUUCUUUCAAUUAAUGAAGUAACUUUUUUUUUUUUUUGCCAGAGUAGGUAUACAUGGUAGGAACUGUUGCCAAUCUUUUUUUUUUUUCUGGACUGUGUAUUUCUUAUCUAUGCAUACAUGUAUUGAAAUAUAUUAAAGGUGCAUGCUAAAUUUUUUAGAUGCAUUGCUAAAAAAUGAAAUAUAUAAAGUAGUUCUUUAAAAAGAUUUGAAACUAAUGAAAGCACUGUGUUUUUCUAUAUCGAUUAAUAAAGAUAUUUAUCCUCCAUUUAGUAAACUUAGUAAGUGACUAAUACCUAAUUUGGCUUAAUAUGGCCAUAUUUGGACACUUGAAUCUUGAGAGGAUAAGAAUUUUUUUUAAAAAACUUAUUGGUGCACACGGAUCCUUCAUUUCUUUGUAUAGUGGGCAAAACAAUUAUAGAAUUUCUACCUUUAAUUUCCCAUAUUAUCUUAAUAUAUGAAACUCAGAUCAUCAGCUUUAUUAGAAUGGUUAGAAUUCUUCAGAAGAAGUUGUAGAAUGUGGUAGAAAGAGAAGAGGAGAAAUACAUUUUUGUUCAAAGUCUCCUUACCUGCCCGCCUGUAUAUUUCCUUAUAUUUAGUAAUACCAUAGCUGAAUAAUAUUACAUUAUUGUAAGUGGCAGUUUUAUAUAUAUAUAUCUAUAUAUGCGAGUGCAUAUAUGAGAGAGAUAUAUAUGAUGUAAUAUAUACUUUUUAGGUUAUGUGAUAAUACAAAUUCCAUUCCAUUGCAUGUCAAAACAAAUUAUUUGUUGCAAUUCAGGGAACUUGUUAAAUAUAAGUGUUUAUACAUUUUUAAGAAAGUAAGAAAAAUGUCUUUUCCAUAAUUUUCUGCUCCAUAAAAUGUUUUUCUUUUUUCAUUUUUGAUAAAUAUUCUUACAAUUUUGUAUGUAUUCUUGCAAAAUUCAGGUCUCCCAAUCUUUUGCAAACAUAGAAUUUUUCUCUGUUUCCCAUAGAGAAACUCCUGAAUAGAUGAGAAAGUAAGGAAAAGAUCUCUAUGAGAGAUAUCGUUAGGCAGCUGUACACACUUAUUAAUUCAAAUAAGUGAUAAAGUACACAAUUGUUUUAAUAUUGUGUAUUUAUCCAGAUAUAUUGUAGAACAGCUAUGUUGUAUAUAUAAAUAAAACAUUAUUGUGAUAAAUUCUUAAAUAUGAUAUUGAUGUAUAUAUUUAAAUAAAAACAAAUCUGUCCAAAGAUGACAUUUUAUUUUCUUAAUCUUAUGAUUAAGAUUGUUAUUUGUUUACUAGAAUGUUUAUUCUACAUUCAGUUUUGAAAAUAUUUCUGAUGUUAAAUAUUCUUUACGUGCUUUGACUAUAAUCUUUUUGUGGGGAUUGUUACUUUCUAAAAAAAUUUCUUUUUCCUUCCUCAUCAUUCAUGAUGCAGAAAUGUAGUAUAAACACUGGCCAUGAGUUUACUGUGCCAUAUCACUGUUAAGUAAGCUAUUUAUCCACUUAUUCUCCAGUAUGUAAGCCUACAAUUUAAAAGUAACCCAGAGAUGUACUGAUUUAUAGAGCAGCAUUCUGUAGGACUAUAGGAUAGGUAGACUCUUGUAUGUUUAGUGGAUACUGGCCUUCUAUUGUAGAUAAUGAUCAAGCUGCAAGUUGUGUUUAAAAAGGGGGAUAAAAUUGCAUCUCUGGAGGAAUCAAACAUGGAUUUUGUGUUCACAUUUUAUUAACGUUUUAAUAUUUUAAAGCUCUAUGUGGAUAAAUGUAGUACAAUUUUACUUUUAGUUUGUAUUUUUUAAACAAUCCUUUAACCAAAAUUUCUAUGCUUAUUUGGGAAUAUAAAAUGGGCUAAAAAUAUUUAGUUUUCUGAAGUCAGCAUCACUGUUGUUUUAUGCAUUCAGUGUUUUAAAGUAAACUUGGCUUGUAAUUUUCUUCAUGAAUUAUAUUCACAAUAAAAUUAAGGUUUACUCAGUUGGUUCA